GCCAAAACAGUUUACACUCUCAUUCGCCCAAAAAAUAACAGCUUAGGGUUUGACUGGAAAAAAAUUGCAAAAUUCUUGAAAAUUCAGAGGGGAGAUUUUUCCGGCGAUUUCAGCUUCUCGCCGGCCGAUCUCCAAAUUGUCCACACAAUUUCCGCUCCCAAUUCAUCGCCUUAUCCUAUUUUCCCGUUCGAUUUUUCGCAUUUCUUUGCCAUUUUUUUAUUUUCCAGAGAAAGAUUGCGGAUUUAUAGAUAUAUUGCACUCAAUUAUAUGUGAGUGGGUCUGCGUUGGAGAGAGAGAGAGAGAGAGUGAGAGAAAGAGAGAUAGAUGGGAUAGCAGGGAAGGGGGUAUUUAACGACAGCUGUUUUUGUCUCUGACGCGGGAGAAUUCAAUUUUAUUUUUCCCAAACAAAAUACAAUUCUUGAUUUUUCUAGUGUCCUGAAUUUUCUGUCCACCUUCGUUUUAUUUUUUUCCAAACAAAGAUUUGAGCUCCAAUUUCUUUGCAUGCAAUCCGGGGGUGGGGCACAGCAAGGAGGUGGUGCCGCCGCCGGGCAUGGGCGGGGCACGGCAGCCUCGGAGUCUGCCUCUCCGUCCUCAUCCUCUUCGGCAUCUCAGCUGGACCAGCAGCAACAGCAACAACAUCAGAGACAG